UUAAUUUUGUUUUGUUACAGGAACGAAAGAAUUGAAAACAAAGUUGGACUGAAAAUUUGAUACAAAUAGACAUCACGGAUGACAUAACGAGCAAAAUGUCAAUGUCAACGAGGUAGCCAUUACGAUUUCAAGAUGGCGGCACACGACAAAGAUUGGGUCGACUACUUCGGCGACUUUAACGACACAAGACAAAUUGUUGACAGUGACAGCACUGAUUUAGAUAUUUCAAAGCUUAAUUAUUAUGAUAACCAGACUGGCUACCCUGGCUAUUCGAACUUUAGUUCUGAUGAUUUCUGCCUAUCAAAUCAUUCACAUUUUUAUUUGAAUGUCACCUGCGAAUUCCCGAUCAAUUAUGCUGAACCUAUGUAUGGAUACAUAGCACCAUUUCUUCUGGCAACGACGACAGUGGCAAAUACAUUAAUAGUGGUGGUUUUAUCAAGACGUCAUAUGAGAACGCCAACGAAUGUAGUCCUUAUGGCUAUGGCAUUAUGUGAUAUGUUCACAAUGUUGUUUCCAGCACCGUGGCUCUUCUACAUGUACACUUUUGGUAAUCAUUACAAGCCCCUGAGUCCAGUCAGAGCGUGUCAAGCAUGGAAUUAUAUGAAUGAGGUGAUACCGGCUAUGUUCCACACGGCAAGUAUCUGGCUGACCCUGGCUCUGGCGGUGCAGCGCUAUAUCUACGUGUGCCACGCACCAGUCGCUCGGACAUGGUGUACAAUGCCCCGUGUGAUGAAGUGUCUGGUGUACAUCGGAGUGGCCGCCUUCCUUCACCAACUGCCCAGGUUCUUCGACCGUCGGUACGUGCCGCAGAUCACAGUCUGGCGAGGACACUUCGAAGAAGUCUGCAGAAUCGAAAUGGCUCCCUGGGUGCAAGCGAUAUCUCUGGACGCUUACUUCAUAACAUACUACGGUUUCCGAGUCCUCUUCGUGCAUCUCAUACCUUGCACCUCCCUGGUGGUCCUCAACGUCCUCCUCUUCAGAGCCAUGAGGACCGCCCAGAUAAACAGGCAAAGACUCUUUAAGGAAAACAGAAAAUCCGAGUGCAGAAAACUUAGAGACUCCAAUUGCACAACUUUGAUGCUUAUUGUCGUUGUAACAGUCUUCCUUUUAGUUGAAAUUCCCGUGGCAGUGGUUACUAUACUACACAUAAUUUCAAGCACUAUAGUUGAAAUUCUAGAUUACUAUAUUGCUAACAUUUUGAUCCUUAUAACAAAUUUCUUUAUAUUAGUGUCUUAUCCAAUUAAUUUUGCUAUUUACUGCGGUAUGUCUAGACAGUUUAGGGAGACUUUUAAGGAAUUGUUCAUUCGUGGAGCAGUGACGAGCCGUAAAAAUGGCGGCUCCAGCAGAUACUCCUUGGUAAAUGGCCCCAGGACAUGCACUAACGAAACCGUGCUUUAAAUUGCAGUAUUUUUGUAAAUAUUCUUAUGAUAGAGUAAGAUUUUUUGAUUAUUUUUCAACUGUCUUUAUACAUAUGUAUCUUUAUUCCUAGGAACAUAUCAAUGGACAAUUUAUUUUCCGAAAGUAAAAUAUUUCGAACGAUU